AGUGGUUCCAGAGCUGACGACCGCGUGUUGGUACCUGGUCGUCUCAGACUUGUGCUCCAUGUCGCAGACCUGAACACCGACUUCAUGGACGUGGCGUACGGACGCUCGGGAGCCGGGACGCCGGGCAUGCCGGGCUCCAAAGGCCAGCAUGGCACCAAGCGCAUGCGCACCUCCUUCAAGCACCAACAGCUGCGCACCAAGCUAAUGCGCACAUCCUUAAAGCACAACCAGCUGCGCACCAUGAAUUCCUACUUCGCCAUCAACCAGAACCCUAACGCCAAGAACCUGGAGCAGCUGUCCCAGAAGACAGGGUUGCCCAAGAGGGUGCUGCAGUUCACAUCCUGGGGGGGGGGAGGGUGUCAUGACCCGUGUGACCCCCCUCUGGAAGGUGUGGUUCCAGAACGCGCGCGCUAAGUGGCGGCACAUGGUCCUCAAGCAGGAGGGCAAGGCGGGGCUGCCGGGGGACUAGUGCCCGCGGCCGGACCAGCUGAGCGACCUGGAGGCCUUCUAGCAACACGGGCCUGAUCCAAUAAUGCGGCCGCAAUAUUUGUUUUGAAUAAAUGUAUAAUUAAUAAUUUAUAAUUUGUUUUGUAAUAAAUUAAAUUUUAAUUAAUUAAAUUUUUUGUUAAAUUUUGGAUUAUUUUAAGAAAUUUGUGAUAAAUAUAUUAUUUAACUUUUA